AUGAAUUGUGAAGAUAUUUAUUCUAGAAAUUAUUUUUUGAAAUUUCCGUUAUCAGAGGCUGAACUUCAAUUUCCUAUUGCCUAUGCUAAAGUUGUUUAUAAAGAUUAUUCGUUUUUGGAGGCAGAAUUAGCUACUAAUUAUCAUCCCCAAAAUUGGUAUUGUUUUGCUGUUGAUUCGAAAGCAGAUGAUAUUUUUUAUAAAAAUAUUCUAUCAUUAGCUAGGUGCUUCCCAAAUUUGAUUGUUCCAAAGGAGAGAUUUUCUGUGGAUAGUGCCGGUUAUAAAAUUUUAGAAACAAAUAUUCAAAAAAUUUUUCAAGGUCACGGUAUGGGAAAGGCCCAUCUAUCCUGUUUUAAAGAAUUAAUUAAAGAGGGAAGAAAAUGGGAAUAUUUAGUAACAUUACAGAAUCACGACAUUCAAAUAAAAACUAACGAGGAAAUGGUUCAAAUAUAUAAAUGGCUUGAUGGGGCUUGUGAUUUUGGAUUAGAUUUUCGAUAUUAUGGUCAGAGGGAAAGAAUACAAGGAUUGAGGAGAAAAUUUCAUUGGACGUUCGAUUGUGUCCAUAUAUUUAAAAAUGGUGCUUAA